CGCCAGGGAAGGACAAACGCUGCAGCUCCAUGACCUCCGGCCUCUGUUAGCCGCCGGUGGAUGCGAGGCAGGGGCGCCAUUUUAUGACUGAGUGAGAAACCUCUCCCAGAAGAAAAUGUACCCGACCACGCUGACGCAGUUGGCCCGGGCUAACCCAUUCAGUGCCCCGAUAUUCAAGUUGCAGCAGGUGGAGGAACCGAGACAGAGUUCCGUAGCCCAUGGACACACGAAUCGCCGGCUGGCCGCUGCCGCGGUGGAGGAGGGAGAUAGCUGCGAAUUCGGUUCCACGAAGUAUUUCAUCCUGUGCGGUUUUGGUGGGAUUCUGAGCUGCGGCACCACGCAUACAGCCGUCGUGCCCCUGGAUCUGGUGAAAUGCAGAAUGCAGGUGGACCCAAGCAAGUACAAGACCAUUUUCAAUGGCUUCACGGUGACCGUGAGGGAGGAUGGUGUGCGGGGGCUCGCUAAGGGCUGGGCUCCCACCUUCAUCGGCUACUCCAUGCAAGGUCUCUGCAAGUUCGGCUUCUACGAGGUCUUCAAGAUCCUGUACAGCGACCUGCUGGGCGAGGAGAACACCUACCUCUGGAGGACGUCGCUGUAUCUUGCUGCGUCGGCCAGCGCCGAGUUCUUCGCCGACAUAGCCCUGGCCCCCAUGGAGGCGUGCAAAGUGCGCAUCCAGACCCAGCCGGGCUACGCCAACACCCUGAGGGAGUGCGCCCCCAAGAUGUACGCCGAGGAGGGCCUGUGGGCGUUCUACAAGGGCGUGGUCCCCCUGUGGAUGAGGCAGAUCCCCUACACCAUGAUGAAGUUCGCCUGCUUCGAGCGCACGGUGGAGGCGCUCUACAAGUAUGUGGUGCCCAAGCCCCGCAGCGAGUGCUCCAAGUCGGAGCAGCUGGUCGUCACCUUCGUCGCCGGCUACAUCGCCGGAGUGUUCUGUGCCAUCGUGUCUCACCCUGCUGACUCUGUGGUGUCUGUGCUGAACAAGGAGAAGGGAAGCACUGCCAUGCAGGUCCUGAAGAGACUGGGACCCAAAGGUGUGUGGAAGGGGCUGUUCGCCCGUAUCAUCAUGAUCGGUACUCUGACGGCCCUGCAGUGGUUCAUCUACGACUCCGUCAAGGUGUACUUCCGCCUGCCCCGGCCCCCUCCCCCCGAGAUGCCCGAGUCCCUGAAGAAGAAGCUGGGUCUGACCGAGUGAGGCGGCGGCCCCCGCGACACGUUCACACACACCUGCACCCUGGAUCUGCGGUUCACGGCUCCAUUUUCUGUAUUUAACUACCUACUGCAGUCCACGGCUCUGUGCUGCUGUUCAUGUAUGUUGAGGGAAGAGCAGGGGGGAGGGGUCCCCCUGCUGGGGGACAGAGGGAGAACACCCCAGUGACUGUUAAGGUUUCAUCAACUCCUGUCUUUAGUUAAUGUGGAAAUUAUGAUAAUUAAAAAAAACCUGGAAAACA